UUUGAGAUUGGUCCAAUGGGUCCAUGAACCUUAUCCAGACUUUGUUUUGGGCAGUUCCUCCUAAACUUGAAUCAAAGCCUACAACUGAAGUCUGGAGUCUGGAUCCCAUCUUGUUGCUAUGACGCGUGACCCUAAUGUUGAUCCCGUAAUUUUAAGUGAGUCCAAUGGCAACUUCAAAAGCCACCAAUAACCAGGGAGGGCGAGUCACUGGAUAUUCAGGAUGAAGUGGCGAUGCCUUUUACUAACAUUGGUCUUUCUGACUCGCCGGUGUCACCAGCCUGUCACCGGGGACUUUGCGCCGUCUGAUGAACGCUCAGACCUCGGACACGAUGAGGACGUGCACCCCAACACCCUCACAGAAACAAACGCAGAUGUACUGGACACGAACAUCCAAACAAGCAGGGAAGUCCCAGACACAAACUUUGAAAGAAAAUGGGACAUCGACAAGGACGACUAUGAGGACGCCGACUGGCAUCCUCCUUCCUCUGUCCUGGAAACACACCCGGACCUGUCCCCGGAGAUCGGGACUUCAUCCUCAGAACAGUGCGGCGAGUACAGCAGCCAUCUGACAUCAAGCGGCCAUUGCCGACUGAUGGCCACGCUGCCCCCGGUGCCCGUGGGAACGUCGCAGAAACGCUGCCCGGACAUGUUCCGCUGCACAGACGACAUCUCGUAUUGGCUCCACGAGAACCAGAACAGGAAAGAGCAGCUGGACCACCUGACGGAGACAAUGUCAGAGCUGCAGAAGGAGCUGAGGAACCACAGCCAUCGAAUCUCAGCCCUGGAGGAGCAGGGUGUGGAAAGUGUUGGUGUAAACUUGACCUCUGACCAGCGGUUGAGUUCUCUGGAGCUGCGUCAGGUGGAGGUCGGCACGCUUUUCCACGUGCACGCCACGCUGCUGCACGAGCUGCAGGCGCAGCUACGCAACCUGUCGGCGGCCGUGGAGCGCGCGGGCCGCAAGACGGGCUGCAAGAUCAACGUGGUCCGGACCUCACCGCUGCUCGGCAUGAGAGACACACCAGCGAGACAGCACCUGUCUUCAUGUUCAUCCGACUGUGCGUCUCUGUAUCACAACGGUGUUCGUCAUUCUGGUGUGUACAACAUCAUCCUGUCGCCGGGCACCGUCCUGCCGGUCUACUGCGACAUGGAGACAGAGGGUGGGGGCUGGACGGUGUUCCAGAGGCGGCGUGACGGCUUGGUGAGUUUUAACCGCGGCUGGUCCGAGUAUCGCGACGGCUUCGGCGAGCCGCGGGGAGAACACUGGCUGGGCAACCAGAAGCUCCACCUGCUGUCCAACCAGGGCGACUACAGCCUCCGCAUCGAGCUUCAGGACUGGAACCACGUCCGCAGACACGCCCUGUACCACAGCUUCAGGAUAGAGAACGAGGAGAACCAGUACCGCCUCCAUGUGUCUGGUUUCAGCGGCACGGUGGAGGACUCGUUCGGGUGGUACCACGACCAGCAGGGCUUCAGCACGCCGGACACCGGCAACAUCUGUGCCGAGAUCAGCCACGCCGGCUGGUGGUUCCACCAGUGCUUCUACGCCAACCUCAACGGCGUCUACUACAGGGGCGGGCACUACUCUCUGAAAGCUCAGAACUUGCUCGGGCCGGACGGCAUCGUCUGGUUCUCCUGGAAGGACUCGGACUUCUACUCUCUGAAGGUGGUCACCAUGAUGGUACGACCACGCAACUUCAGGCCACGCUUGUCGCCAUAAAGACGCACCAGGACUGCUAGCUGCCGCGAAGGGGCAGCCAGAAAUACUCACAAGAGCACCAAUCAUGUAUAAAUCCGCUGCUGAAAAUAGUCCCCAACAAAAGCACUUUUUCAGCUUUUUUCGCAUGUUUGCUAAAAACAAGUUAUCUGCUUUAAGAAAUCUGAGCAUUAACAAAAUAAUUUGUGAGCCAUUUUUUCCAAAAGAGUCACACCUUCAGUAUGAACCAAUGGGCUCGGGGCUGAGAGCCGCAGACAGGAAGUCAUAAAGAACAGAGUUGACCAUGAGCGAUAUAAAACCCUUGUUGGUAGAAAGCCGUGCAGAUGUUGAACAGCUCACCUGGAGACUGAAGGCAGAGGACAUUCAGGAACCGGAUCUCACUCAGAACACCAUGAAGUUGUUGUUUUUUCCAAGUUUGUAUGCGUGUGGAAGCACCAGAGACACAAAAUAACACCUCAUAUCCCAGAAAAAGUGAGAUUUUUUUCAUCAUAUGGGCACUUUAAACGAAUUAAAAAAA